CAUGAAACUAUUACUGCUUCUGUCUUGUACUGUGGUCACUUUUUGUGUCCCAACAAGUCGCCGGUUUGAUAAUGAGAAAGUCUUCCAAGUUACACCUAAAAAUGAAAAUGAAGUGGAUUUCAUUAAACAUUUGGCCAAAAGAAUGAAGCUCAAUUUCUGGAAGCCCGAAUCAUUUCACCAUGUGAGCCUGAAGACCAGUGUGCACUUCCAUGCCAAUGCGGAACAGUCUAAAACUAUUGUGGAUCUCUUUCAGCAGAAACAAAUUGAAUACAAAGUUCUUUUCCAUAAUCUACAAGAAGUAAUUGAAAACCAAUUUAAUAAAGGUGGCAAAUAUCAGAAGGUCUUCACUCGCUACUAUGAGUGGAAAGAGAUUGCUCUGUGGCUUUAUUCUGUAUCAUUAAAAUAUCCAAAGCUGGCAUCCUUAGAACUGAUUGGUGAGACAUUUGAGGGGCGUGCUAUGCCUGUUCUGAAGAUUGGGAAUCGAAAGUCGGCCAAGAAGGGCAUUUUUCUAGAAUGUGGAGCCCAUGCGCGAGAAUGGAUCUCACCCGCCUUCUGCCAGUGGUUUGUGGAUGAGGCACUAAGAACAUAUGGAAAAGACAAAGCUAUGACUAAACUGCUAGACAGUCUGACCUUCCAUGUCUUGCCUGUAUUUAACAUUGAUGGCUAUGUUUGGUCUUGGACAAAUGACCGUAUGUGGAGAAAGAACAGAGCUCCAACAUCUGAUAAUGAAUGUGUUGGCACAGACCUCAACAGGAACUUUAAUGUAUCAUGGGGUGGAAUUGAUUAUGAUGAUGACCCAUGUAGUGCAGUCUAUCCUGGGAGCGCACCAGAAUCUGCACCAGAGACACAAGCUGUAACUGCCUAUAUUCGUGAGCAUCUUUCAUCGUUAAAAGCAUACAUAAGUGUCCACGCUUUCUCACAGUUACUGAUGUACCCCUAUGGAUAUACCUCCAAACUGCCACCAAAUCAUGAGAAACUGGAUCAGAUAGCAAAAUCUGCAGUGGAAUCACUACACAGCCUGUAUAAUACCAGUUACAAGUACGGACCAAUAGCUACUACAAUUUACCCAGCUUCUGGCUCAUCUAUUGACUGGUCCUAUGAUGAAGGAAUUAAAUAUGCAUUUGCCUUUGAGUUGCGUGAUAAAGGACGAUAUGGUUUUCUGCUCCCUGAACAUGCUAUAAUACCGACCUGCAGAGAGACUAUGCUGGCUGUGAAACAAAUUGCCAACAAUAUUAUUGACCUGUUAACUUAAAUGAAUGUCUUCAAUGUCUAAAUACAAGCUGUAUGUACAGACAGCAAAUAAAA